ACAGAGAGAGACAGAGAGAGAGAGAGCAAAUAAAAUACAUAUUUUUAUAUUUCCUUUUCGUCAAAACCACAAUUUUUGUACGGAGUCCUCGAGAAAAAUUUCAGAUAUCUGCAGCAGCAGUAUCUGAGUUUCGAUCUGAGUCGCAGAAUCUGUUCUUUCACCUUUUCUGCUCUCCCAAUCAUUAGAUCAAUCAAUUUUUAUUUUUCUUUCUCUUUUUCUAAUUCGUUUUUUGAUUUCUUUUUUUGGCUUAAUGGGUCUCGACUCAUGGUUGCAUAGUUGAAUAAUUUGAUUAGUUGAACUUUGGUAUGGCUGCUCGAAUCUGAUUACGCCAUGAGGAAGAAGCUCGAUACUCGUUUCCCAGCUGCUCGGAUUAAAAAGAUCAUGCAAGCUGAUGAGGAUGUUGGGAAGAUUGCUAUGGCAGUGCCUGUUUUAGUCUCUAAAGCUUUGGAGUUAUUUCUGCAAGAUCUUUGUGACCGUACGUAUGACAUAACUGUGCAGAGAGGGGCAAAGACUGUCAGUUCAGUGCAUUUAAAACAUUGUGUACAUAGUUAUAAUGUGUUUGACUUUCUGAAGGAAGUUGUCAGCAAAGUCCCUGACUAUGGUCAUUCUGAAACUGCAGCAGAUGUGAAAAGAAGAAAAGUAAUUGCCAAUGAACCUAAUGACAGUGAUGAAGAGUCAAAAAGAAACAUUAUGCAAGAAACAUGUCAUGCAAGUGGCAGUGGUAGGGGAAGAGGAAGGGGUAGAGGAAGAGGGCGUGGGAGGGCCAGCAGAGCGACAGAGAGAGAAUUCCCUCGGCAUGAGGUUGAAUCUGGCUCUACUAGCAUUCAGCAAAGCGUCGAACAAGUCCCUAGUCCAGGGAAGCCAAUGGACAGUAGCUCAGAGUUGAAGGAGUCAUCAAAAGAUAACAAAGUUAAUGAUGGUGUCAGUUCUGACUCGAGGAAUUUUGAUCUGAAUGCUGGAGUUGAUGAGGAAAAUUCAGAAAAAAUGGCUUCUAAUGCUGUUGCUGCUGCAGCAUCUACCGCAUCAGGACCUCCUGAAGUAAAAGGCGACGAGUAUCCCGGGCUCUCUGAAAUGGAUAGGAUGGCGAUCGACCCUGUUCAUCUUGCACAACUUAGUUCAAGACUGGAUGAGGAUGAGGAAGAUUAUGAUGAAGAAGGAUAGACUAAUUAAGUUAGAAGAUCAAUAUGACAACAAAGCAUUAACAUUUAUGCAAGGAAAUCUUCUGAUCUCUUGCGUAGUUUCUAUGUAGCAUCGUCUGUUCCAGUUGUAUCAUUACAUGCUUUGUUGUAAUCGGUCUAGCUCACAGAUGAUAUAGUCGUAAGAUGAGUGUUUUGAGCUAUAGUUGGCUCAAACUUCUUGAACAAUCUUAGUUCUAGUGAGUCCUGCAUUCGCUCUCUUCUAUCCUUUGUGUAAAUGUUAUUGUUUGUGGGUACCAACUGAUAAUUAAUAUGUGCAAUGCAGUGUAUUUGCAGAAA